UUUCUGGCAGAGGCGGGUGGAGAGGCUGUGGGGGGGCAGUAGUAGCAUCCAAGGAAGGAGAGGAGGAAAGGACGGGGAGGAGGGGGAGGGAAGAGGAGAGGAGAGGAGGCGCUGUGGUAGAGACCAACAGCCGCACAGAGCCGGCGCUCACACCCUUGACAGUCAGCCCACCUACUCUGUCCUCCUUCUACCGGCGUUGGACACAAAUUGAACUUUUGGAACGUCUGCUGCUGCUGCUGCUGCUGCUGAAGGUACCACAAUUUGGGUGCAGCAGAGAAAUGCACUGAGGAGACAGAAGAAAGAAGCAAGAAGCUCUUUGUCCCAGACGUGGAGAUUUACUGUGGAACCAUGAGGUCGCUGCGUCGUGGAGCGGUCGCACUGCUGCGCUUCAUCACCUGUGUUUGUGCCUUACAUAGGACCAGUGCUCUGAAUAUCCCUCUGGAGGUUUUAAGUUAUGUCAACAUUGAGCAGCUGCCCACCAUCACUGAUCAGUCGCCCAGCUCUCUCAUCGCCUUCCCUUUUGAUGAGAGCUUCCCUGUGACGUGUGAGGCCAAAGGGAAUCCCGAGCCAGAAUUCAGAUGGUCGAAGAAUGGACAGGAAUUCGACCCUUCACUUGACCCCAGGUUAAUAAAGGAGGAGAAUUCUGGGACCUUUGUGAUACCCAAUAAUGGGAACCUCACCGAGUACCAGGGAACCUAUCGGUGUUACGCCUCAAACAAACUGGGUACCGCCAUAUCCAGGGAGAUUGAGUUUAUUGUGCCCAAUGUUCCGAAGUUUCCAAAAGAAAAACAUGACCCUGUGGUGGUGGAGGAAGGUCAGCCUUUCACACUGCAGUGUAACCCGCCAAAAGGAAUACCACCCCUGCAGAUCUACUGGAUGACCAUCAGUCUCCAGCACAUAGAACAGGACGAGCGCGUGUCCACAGGAUUGAACGGAGACCUGUACUUUUCUCACGCCAUUGAAAAGGACAGCAGGAGAGACUACUGCUGCUUCGCUGCCUUCCCAAAAAUAAGAACUAUCGUUCAGAAGACAGCCAUGUCUGUCAUUGUCAACACCAAGAAGAGUGACAUGACUGAUGGAGCCGCUAACGCUAUCCUGCAGAGACGGCCCUCUCUUCUGACGCCAUCUGGUGACCAGUCACAGCAACAGCUGGUCAAAGGAGAGGACCUGAAAUUAGAAUGUAUCGCUGAAGGAAUUCCAACUCCUCAGGUUGAGUGGUUGAAGAUCGGUCAUCGUCUUCCACCUAAAGCCAUGAAAGAGAACCAUGGAAAACUGCUGAUUGUACCAAAGGUCAACCAGGACGACAGUGGGAAGUACAUGUGCAAGGCAAAAAAUGGAAUCGGAGAAGCUGUGCAUUACUUCAUAGUUAGAGUUGAAGAGCCUCCAGAGUGGGUGUUUGAGCCGGAAAGUCAGCUCAGCAUGGUGGGCUCAGAUGUGCUCAUCAGAUGCUCUGCCACAGGGACGCCCAAGCCAGCGAUAACAUGGAGAGUAAACGGCGUUCUUCUGCAGGACUCUCCUGCGGAAAACAGAAAGUUCUUCGACGACACUAUAGUUCUGUAUAACGCCAAAGCGUCUGACAGUGCAGUGUACCAGUGUGAGGCCUCCAACAGACAUGGAACGCUGCUGUCCAACGCCAACAUCAUGGUCAUGAAUUUACCUCCUAUGAUUCUGACCAAAGAGGGCGAGGAAUACUCUGCUGUGGAGGGGAAGGGAGUGACGAUGCACUGCAGGGUCUUCAGUUCCCCUCCUUCCACCAUCUCAUGGAGCAAGGAUGAAUCCCCUGACUCCAUUCAAGUUCAAGAGUUGAGGUCUACUGUUCAUGACAAUGGGACACUGGAGAUAUACAGCGUUGAGAAAGGAGACACAGGCCAGUACACAUGUUGGGCCAAAAACAUAGAGGGGUCCUCUGCCAUCGAAGCUCAGCUCUAUGUGAAAGAUCCCACUCAUAUAGUCGUGGCCCCAGAGGACCAGCAGAUCCUAAUAGGCAACACGGCCCAGCUCUCAUGCCAGGCAGAGUACGACAAGUCCUUCAGCGACGACUUUGAGCUCCUGUGGGAAAAAGAUGAUGUAGAGAUAGCCCUUAACUACACCGAGGAUUCAAGAUACCUGAUAGAAGAUGGAAUUCUUCACAUUGUGAAUGUGAGCCACGAAGACCAGGGCGUUUACACUUGUGUGGCACGAUCCUCGGUGGACCAAGAUACAGCUUCAGCACUGCUAUUAGUAUUAGACGUCCCUGAUGCGCCUGAGAACUUGGUACUGACCGAGCACAAGGGCAGAAGUGUGAAAAUAAAGUGGAUCCCUGGGGACGAUCACAACAGCUCAACCACAGAGUUUAUUAUUGAGUAUGAGGAAAGCCAGUGGGAGCCCGGUAACUGGAAGGAGCUCCUGCGAGUACCUGGGAACCACAACUCGGCCAUUCUCAAACUCCAGGGUCAUGUGGACUACUGCUUCCGUGUGUCUGGAGUCAACACUGUGGGCAGGGGGGCCCCGAGUGAGCCCACAGAGAGAUACAAAACUCCCCCAGCAGCCCCUGACAAGAACCCUGAAAAUAUCCGAAUCGAAGGUCAGUUACCACAUGAAAUGGAUAUCAACUGGGAGCCCUUGGUACCGAUUGAGCACAAUGGUCCUGGUCUUGAGUACAAGGUGAGUUACAGACAGCAGGACGUGGAUCUUGUCUGGACGGAGCACAUGGUGAAGAGACACUCGUUUGUGGUGAAGAAUACUCCGACAUUUGCACCCUAUGAAAUCAAGAUCCAAGCAAAGAACCAUCAGGGCUGGGGGCCUGAACCCAACAUAGUCUUAGGCUACUCUGGAGAAGACUUUCCCUCCGCUGCACCGGAUGAUGUUGCCGUGGAGGUGUUGAACAGCACUGUGGUCAAGGUUAGCUGGAUCCGUGUACACAGGGACAAGUUACAUGGACAUCUGGGAGGCUACAGGAUAAACUGGUGGCGUCUUCGCAGCCUCGUGGACUCGAAGAAAAACCACGGGGAAAAAUUUGCCGUGACGUUUCCUGGGGAUCAUAACUACGGCACAAUACCAGGACUAACUCCCUUCUCUGAGUACAGCCUUAUUGUCAUGACCUUCAACGGGAGGGGCAACGGCCCUGGCAGCCAUCCCGUCAAUUUCAAAACCCCAGAGGGAGUCCCAGAGAAAAAUCCUGUUUUCAGGGUCACAGAUGUUCAGAAGCACACCGUUGCCCUCGCCUGGGCCCCACCAUUUGAGCCUAAUGGGAUUCUCACUGGAUACCUCCUUGAAUAUCAGCUCAUUAACGACACAGAGGAGAUGGAGCCUUUGCAGACAGUGGACAUCAGCAACCCUCUCACGACUAAGUGGAUCCUACGUGACUUGGAACCCUUGAGCAAGUACAGGUUCUACUUGCGCUCGUGUACCACAGUGGGCUGCGGGCCUGUGGUCAGCGAGGAGUGCUCCACCGCCUCAGAAUCCACGUCCACCACGACCCCCCCUGCUGGACACAGCAAGUCAGCUUCCCUCACACCUGCAAGCGUUCCAAAGUCCCGUGUGACCAAACCCACUCGUUCCACUAUAGGUUUGACCAGCAGCCACGAAGGCAUCUCUACCCAGGGCUGGUUCAUUGGCCUGAUGAGCGCCGUAGCUCUCCUCAUCCUCAGUAUCUUGAUCGCUUGCUUUGUCAACAGAAACAAAGGAGGGAAAUACUCUGUGAAAGAAAAGGAAGACCUUCAUCCAGAUGUGGAGUCUCAGGGCAUGAAUGACGACACCUUCUGUGAGUACAGCGACAACGAUGAGAAGCCACUGAAGGGCAGCCAGCAGUCUCUGAGCAGGGAGAUCAAAGUGGGGGACAGCGGGGACAGCCUGGUGGACUACGGCGAAGAGGACGCCCAGUUCAACGAGGACGGUUCUUUUAUCGGAGUGUACGCCGGCCAAAAGGAGAAGAGGGCGCCUGUUGAUAUCAAAGACACGGCUCAGAUCCCGGCGUGAGGAGAAUUGACCUCCAGUUUUGCCUCUCCAAGAACACAGUUUGCAUCAAAACGGUCUCGAACGAACAAAAAAAAAAGAGAAGUGAACACAAACGCCAUCCGUUGGAACCACAGGUUCGGUGUUACAUAGCCAACUCCACACACUGCCAUUCUUAUUUACCAUUGAUUGAACGUUACUAAAAAUGUGUACAUAUAGUGUAUAUUCUACAUAUGUUUUUAUAUAUAAAUAUAUAUAUUAUCAUGCAGAACAUUUAGAGGACGUGUUUUUCUCUCUCUCGCUCUCUCCCCCUUACCCUCUCUCUCCAUGAUUGUAGCUGUAUUAUUAGUCAUUCAAAACUGUCAGAGUAGAAACCACAUCAUUGCACACAGCUCCCCCUGGUGUUAACUCGUUACCGGGGAGUUAGUCGCAACAUCAGGUUGAUAUUUUUCAGACUGACGUUUUAUAUAUGAAAUGGACUCAUAAACCUAUGAGGUAAGAUGUGUACAAAGGUUGCUUAUUAACUUAUUUUUUUCCCCAGUGGUUUUAUACGCACCUGACAAUAGAACAAGGAAAUCUACAUAUCAUUUUAUAUCACGAAGCCUGAUUGUUGAACGGUGGCUCAACCUGUGACGUUGAAGAAACGCGUCAUGUGGUUUCUAUGCCUUCGAAUGUCUGAGCCUUCGGAUCGAUCGGACAAAAAAAGUUUUUGAUGUAUUGAAAAAGAAAUUAAAUGAAAUCCAUUACAGGACAUUAAAUUUUAAAUAUGUUGUUAUAGAAAUUAAUAAGAAUGAAUUAAUCAUCUUUGCAUCUGGAGUAUGGCUUCGGGGAAAUGGUUUUGUAAGAAAUGCUAAAGAAGGUAUUUUGGGAAAUAGCUACUUGUUUGUAAUUACAAUUGACGAUUGAAACUUUUCUUUGUCUGUACGGAGCUACAGUAAUUGGUCAGAUUCCCAGGAACCUGCAUAAAACAUUUUGAUAAAAAUUUGAAACUGUUAUUUUGAAAAUAUGUGUUUUAGACCUGUGUUAUUAAGAAAACAUACUUUGUAAUUUAAUAUUUGCUGUGGGAUUCAAACAUCCUUCCACAUCAGAGCAAAUUCAACAUCUGCCAAAAUACCAGAGUAUUUUACACUGGACCAAAAGACGAAGUCAAUAUAAAACCUGUAUAUGCAGAUUUUUUGUGAUCUGGUUGGCUUAAGGCUUAAACGAAUACUGCUGAAGUAAUACUGUAUUGUGUAUCCCUGACAAGCCUUACUCUGCUACUCUGAUCUUGGGUCUCAAAUACCCAUGACCCGUGGGCCACUGCUGCCAUCGUCGUUCCCUCAGAGGUUUACCACAGUGUUUGAUGUAUAAUAAACCAUAAAAGUUUAGAAAAAGUGUGUUUUGUUCAAUGUAAAUACUGUGUAGUACAACAGUGAGACCAGACUAAUUAAACUAUUAAUAUUAAUGAACAGACAUUUCUUCAAGGGCAAAAAUGUAAGCUCUUGGCUGGGUGUAAACUGUCAGUGGGCCAGAGGUGGCCCCCGGGGCCAGGGGUUUGGGACCCCUGCUCUAGAUACACAGCCAUUCACUUUCACUGUGAUUGUAACAUUUUUAAUGUUUUGUAAAGAUUCAACAGUUGCAUGGAAAUAAUGUUCAUCGGUGUUUUUUGAUGUCAUUAAACUGCUCUACUCUCUUGUAGUGGUAAUGGUCUGAGUGCCGUCACUGACAGAAACUCAAAUGUUUUUUUACCGAUGUAGGUAUUCCCCUCACAUGUAAAUGUUUGUCUUUCCUCCUACUUGGCAGUGAAAUAUUCCAAUUGUAAAGACAGCUUCUUUACAAACUCGCUCUGAAUAAAAUGACGUUUGGAUAAAUUGUCCUCAUCUCCGACA